GUGCCGUGAACGAUCUAUCAGACGCGUUGCUCCUCGGCUCUCCAAACUCGCAAGCGACUCUUUCGACCAAAGUUAUCCCUCCGUGGUGAGGAAGAUAUGCCAUGUCAAUUGACGUUGGCGAAGGACGGUGAUAUCCUCUCCAAAAAAUGUUCCAGCACAUCGAUCGAUGCUAUAGUCCCGAAGGUUUACAGCCAGUCUGCGUUGAUCAACAUGCAUAUGAUCAGGGCGUACCCACUCACGGUCGACUCACGGCUGGCCCUUCACAACACUGAAUCUGACUGUACCCUACUCCUUGAACACGUAAUCUACUCUUUCUCCCGCUGGUGGCUACUCCCCAUCCAUGGCGACCGUGAUUCCAACUGGGACAACACCCUCUCCUUCUACACUUCUGUACAUCAUAUUUUCCUAAUUCUCGAACAUGUCUCCAUCAUUCGUCACUCGGCCGUUUCAUCGUGCAACGAGCUUUGCAGAGGAGCAUUCUCAAAGAGGGAUCGUCGAAGCUCUCGAGCAUAUGUAUUGCACCAUUCAUCAGUCCUUCAUCUCCUACCACCGCCGCAGGCCAUCAGCAUACUGCAUCCAGAGCAGUUUGGAGAAUGUACAAUGAAAUACGUGAGCUUCCGAUGGCACAUUUUGGGAUUCCCGUCGUUGGCGAACGUUCUAUCGAUCUGUGGCAACUUUGUUGACGGUCGGAGAUUUGGAUGUUCCUAACCUCCGAACAUUGAGGUAUGGCCUCUUUCGGACGUAUCCUCUCAACUCGUUUUCUGGAUCGAUUUGCGCUGAUGAGAAGACUGGACGUCCACCCGUCCCUUCCCCUGAGAUAUCGCCAGCCGGCAACAAUAUAACUCGCGAACCUGAAUGAAGAAUCUCUGUAACUGCA